AAUUGAUUGAGCUUUAAGCUUUGCUCAUCAAUAGAAUUAUCAGAAUCUGAUUGGUUUUUCUCUAACCAAUACUUUUUGCGAAUAUGCCAUUCUUCCCGGCUUACAAUGCACUUGAGGCGAGGGACUUCAAUUCUCCAUUUCUGCCCUACUUUGUUGACUAAUUUCCCAGGCAGCCAUAACGUUUUUCCGUUUUUGUUUGUGUUUUUGACUAACACUUCUUCAUUGUUGGCGAAUCGGCUUCUUUUAUGCCAUCUUUUGGGCGUUUCUUCGUUUUUGAAUAUUUUCUUUUUCCAGAAUGGACUUUCUUCGUUUUUCAAGAAUGGUUGAGGACUACGCCAUUUUUUCUGUUUUGGAGAAUUGAAUACUUCUUUUGGAAUGAAUUUUGCUAGAAUCCUCGAAUUUGUUCGAAAUUUAUUCAAUAUUGGCAAGCCCAAAAUAUUGACAUCUCCUUUGACCACAUGGAAUUCUUCUUCUGACGUAAUUCCGAAUAAUUCUACAAUUGCCUUGAAUUUCCCUUCAAUCUCGAAUUUUGUUUUCCCUAGGC